UCCUAGCUUGAGAAUUUUAAAUCAAGUAAUAAAUCAACUACUAGUACAAUACUUAUCUCAGUAGAUGUUCACUGUAUCUGUUUCUCUGUCAUCAUGGGAUCGGCCUUUGAAGCAUGUGGCUACAGUUGAAAGAACCCAUAAAUGGAUGGGACAAGGGGAGAGAGCUUGAUUUUCAUUAAAUGUAACACAGUGUUACCCCUGAUAGCUCCUCACCCCCAGCUCCCCAUAAAGAUCCACUUUAAUGCUGUUACUUUCCCUGUCUGUCAAAAGACAGAAAAUGGACACAUUUGGAAGAGUAUGAAAUCUGCAAGAUUUGACAACAGUGGCUUUGACAUGACCAUCCAUUUUCUAAGCAGAUUUAGGAAGACUUGAUUUAUGCAAUUUAGACCCUCCCUUUUUCCCUUUUGGGGGAAAAGGAAUCAUAAAUUUGAAAAGAAGGGCUCUUCUAAACAGAAAGAUAGCCAGAAUCUCCCUCAGUAAUCUAUAACCUCUUAUAAUAGCCUUUUUUUUAAAAGUGAUUUUUAGAGUUCUUUUAAGUAUUUCCUAUAUUGAUUCUAAUUCAGUGUUCAUUUCACAUGUCUACAGAACCUAGAGACUUCAUAUAGAAAACUGAAUAACAGCAGACACCAGGUUUCCUGCUCUUUUUAGGGUCUAUUCAAACUGACAGUAUAACUUUUCAUUUUGAUAGAUUUAGUGACAUCAGCUAGUAACUGAAAAGAAACCGUAUAAUCUUUUAAUCUACCUUUUUAUAUUGCUAUGAGAUAGGAGCCAUAUGUCACAAGGUCAUCCAGAAGAUAUAAUAAACAUUACUGUCAUUUGUAGCAUGAAGCCAGACUUCAUCAUUUUCUUAGAAGUAUUACUAACAGAAACAUAUAUGGAUUUUGAAAUAAUUGUAUCAUCAUAGGCUUAGUAAUUAUUGAUAAAUGUUAUUGUACAAGGCUGGGGGUCUCUGUUUCUCAUUUUUAGAUGAAGGCUAUUACAUUACUAUAUAUAGUAGAGUCCACAGGUUAUUAAGAUAAAAAUUAAUGACAAAAUAAUUUUGAUUUCAGACUGUAAAAUAGUUUAAGUCUAUUCUGAUGAAACAAGCUAAGUCUGAGGCUUUGGGGUCAGCUUUUUAGUAACAAAGCUUAUCCUGCUUAUAUUUUAGUAAAAUUCUAAGUAUAUGUAGAACGCUACCAUAGACAAAGAAGUGGUUAAUUUUUGUGCAUGUAUGAUUGCUGAUUAUUUGAAAACUACUACCUUUCUGGGCUUAUUUUACCAAUUUUGCAUUCAUCUUACAUUAUGGAGAAUAUAGUGUGUCCUUCAGCAGAAUAGUUAUUAGAAUAAAAAUAAGUACAGGCCCAGUUGUUUUUAUUUGCAUUUUUUGGAUCUUAACAGUAAGUGACCUAAGUUUAAAUUUUAAAGCUAGGAAGACAUAUUUCCUUCUACUAAAAUAUGAAUCUUAAUUUCAUUUUGAGGCACUUGUAUUUUAAGAAGGUGAAUGGUAAUGAUAAAUAGCAAAAUCCAAAAAAUUUUUUUAACUAGUAGUGCCUCUUUAGUUGCUCUUUAAGAGAAAACAUAAAUAUGAGAUAAUUUUCAGAGCAUAAUAAAAGGUUUUUCUCCAGACCUUUUAAGAAUUGAUUUUACUGUCCAAAAAAGCUAUUCCUGCUAAGCUGUGACUAUGUGAAUAAUUGCCUUGCUUCUAUAAUUUAAAAAAUCUCUUCCAAAUGCAGCCUCAAAGAAUUAUCAUUUAAUCAAGAGAUGUAAUGAAUUUUACUGUCAUUUGUCCAACAAUAUUUAUGGAGUAGCCAUUAUGUUUGAGGCUGUUCUCUCUGCAAAGAAUCAGCAAGAACAAAUAAAACCCUCACCUUUACAUUCUAGAGACAGAUACUAAACAAAUAUACAAAUAAGUAUAUAAUAGAAUGUCAGUUUGUGAUUAAUGCUAAGGUAGGAACAGUAAUUUUUAAUGAACUUUGAGAAAUACAUUUUUUCAGGUUGAGCAUAUAAAAUCUUUGACUUGUUUUUAAAUUUGCUUUUGAAUCUUUCUGUUCCUUCUGAAAAGUAUUUACAGAAAUUAGAAAUUCAUCGUAAUUUAUUUUGUAUAGUUAUCUAAAAAUUUAGCCUCAAUUGAUGAAUUUAGCAUUUAUAAAUGAAAGUGUCGAUGGAAAAAUAAAAUCUUUAGUUAACCACUACUUUGCUUUUAGCAGUAAAGUCUGCAGCUCAUGAAAUUUGUAAUUCUGGAGUGGUUUCAGCUUGCACCAGCCCCUGGGGAGCCAGUUGAUCCAGCACUAAGUUACGGAUUAUUAUUUAGCUGUAGAAGUUCUGUGCUUAGGCUUUUUCUUACAUCUUUCUCUUUUAGUCAGUUGAAAUUUUGUAUUUUUGCCAAAUAAAACAAAUCCCAUACUAAUAAGAAGCUAUAAAUAGUGAGAGCAUGAGUCAGAGCCAGCGUCACCCCUAUUCCUUGUGUGUACCUCUCUAGUGCUCCCCAGUAAGUUCCUUUUGCGCAAACAUGUAUUACUGCAUAACUAACUACUCUUCUACAGACCAGCUCCAGGUAUUUAAGUGAGGGCUGUUCUUUUAGAACUAAGCAACACUAUGACUGGUACAGUUCUGGCAUUUUGCCAUGGUCAAAAGCAGAAUAUGAAACUCUGCAUACUGUUGAUAGGAGAAAAAAGAAGUACACUUCCUGCCUUUCUUGUGUAACUCCUUGGAGAGUUCAGCGCAGAUGACUGCUGUUAGGUCUCCAAAAUGGAUUUUUUCAGGGGAAAAAGAAAAAAAUAAGCUGCUUUAGAGCCCCAUCUCUUCUGCUCUCAGGUCCUGUCUGAUAAAUUUGUCCUCUUUUUCUUCAUUAAUUUGUUUAUUCAUUCAGUAUAUGUUCAUUUAACACUAUUAGCAGGUACUAUGCUCUCAUAGACUAUGGAAGAAUGAGCAAGCUAAAAUCCUUGUCCUCAAGGAAUUUCUUUUAGUGGAAAAUAGUGACUUGUAAAUCCAAAAUUACAAAACUAUGAUAGGAGUAGUUUUAUAUAAAAGAGAGAGAUGCAGAAUACUCUGAGACUACAAAUAAAGCUAGUAUUUAUGAAGGAUUUGCUCCCCUAGCUGUGUUAUGUAUUAUCUAAUCCUUUCAACAGCUUUAUGAGGUAGAUAUGAUUACACUAUAUCUAACUUGUGCCCAGCAUGGAGGGGGGCUAUCAAGGAAGGGUUUUUGAGAAAGCAAUUCUUGAUUUGAUUUUAAGAUGAAUGAGAAAGGUAGAGAGUGGGAGGAAGAGAAGGCAACGUGGCAUUUCACACAGAAAAAGGUGAAUUUGUAAAAGUACAGUUCAUGUGACAGAACUGUUGCUGGAAUGUACACUAGGUUCUGGGAAAUGAAAGAUGGCAGGAUACAGGUCAUGAAGGAACUUAUGGGCCAUGCUUCUAGCCUGUAGAAGAUAAAAAUAUGACCAGACAUGCAUUUUGUUUAAGGAUAAUAACUCUGUUAACUACUUGACCAGGCAUGAGAAGAGUGUUUUAAUUGUAAAGGAAGUAAUUUUCUUUUAAAGGAAGAAAUUCUCUUCUAGCAAUGACUUAACGUUUAUUAAGUACAUAGAAACAUUAAACUAAGCUCUUGAAAUAUCUUAUAGUUUUAUAGCUAUAAAACCAAAACAACUGUAUAAAUUUAAUAUAAAUAAAAUUCAAACCAAGCAUAUGAAUUUAUGUAACAGCAUAUUUUUGUGAAAUAGUCACUUCUGAUGACUGAAGGUGCUGCACUUCUGGUGCAGGUCCUUUCGGUUUUUAAUUAAACAUUUCCCUAUAUUGCACAGUCUGUGGUAACUUAAUUCUUCCCUCCAAGUUUUCUCUGAACCACUAAGAAAACCUUUGUUCUAUCUGAUUAACAGUUCUUUGGGAAAAGGGGAAAAAGGAUAAUCAUAUCUAAUAGUCUCUCCUCUUUCUAAUCAAUUAAAGUAGUGGUGUUUGGUGUCAUAAUCAUAAAAAAAAUACUGUCCUAAAAUUGCAUGGCUGUUAUGACUCAGAAUAUGCUUAUAUCAAAUAUUUUAUCAAAAUGAAUACACAUAAAUAAUUAUAGGGAACUGAUGGACUCUGAUUUGAAAAAUGCAGAACUAGAGGAUUCAUUGUGCAUCCAGAGCAGGGAUUUUAUAAAUAAGGAAGCCAUUAAUGUGUUUGGUGGAGAAUCACUGGGCAAAGCAUCUUAAAAAGUGAAGAAUCUAGAACCCAGAGGUCAGUAGGUUUUUGUUAAAAUCAAUUAUGUUAAGGACCCUUGAGAGUAGAAAUGAUUGUUUCUGAACUAUCUCAAUUAUGACAUUUGUAAGAUAAAAUAACUUGAUGAAGACAUGGCUACUGAAGGGGUUCAGCUCAGAAAUGCUUUUGUCAGCCAAAGGAGCCAGUAAACAUUGUGCUUACUUCACCUGGGUCCUCUGUGAUGUGGCCUCUCAGUGGUGACGAGCUCAGAAAUUUAAACCAGUUUUUUAAAAUUACUUACAUUCAAUUCUGUAUUAUAAUUAGUCAUCAUUGCUAAAUAACAUGUUAUUAGACAAGAAAAUUAUAUCUUGGUUUGUCUAUAAAGAAAAUCCACACUUCUCCAUUUCAAAGGGUGAAGGGAAAUUUGGGGAAGUUGAUGUAGAAACUCUCCUUUAUUGAGCAUUUACCAUGUUCAAGGCACUGUGCUAGACUCUUUACAUGUAUUAACUAAAUACUCAAAACAAUUCUCAUGAUAUAGCUAUUAUUAUAACGUUCAUUUUACAAAUGGAGAAAAUGAAGUAGAGAGAGGUUAAAUAACUUAGCAGGAUCACAUGGCUCGUAAGUAGCAAAACCAGGAUUUGAAUAUGGCAAGCUAACUUCAUAGUCUUAUCCAUAAUGCUCCCUUGCCUCUCCUCUUCAUUCAAGGGCAUGUGUGCCUUAGACUUGGUCACUCAUUCUGGAGAUGUUGAACUGGCAGUGACAGCUGACAAAGGGACCCUGCCGCCCCUGCAUCCACACUAUUUCCAUACCCUUCCUUGCAGCAGUCUAGGAGGAAGAAUGAAGGGAAGGGAAGUGAUAUGUUUAUCAACCCUAGAAAUUGACUCUGGCAGGGUUCUAAGUAACUACAUUGUAAGACUAAACAUUUUAUGAUGCUCAGUAGGGGACAUUCAUAAGGUGUAAAUGAAGCCACUUGGUUUAGAUAAGAUCCAUUGCAACCUGGAGAUGAAAAAUUUUAUAAAUAUAAGGGGAUAAAUAUUACCACCCACAAAAAUCUUUCUAGAUUUAGACCCACUGAAUAUAUUUCUCCUAAAUAUCAGAGAAAUCAGUGGGGAGGAAAAAAGUAUUUUGAAGGAUUAAAUUCCAGGCCAUAUCUCAAGGUUACAUUUACGUCCAAUAGUUGCUUGAAUAGUUCUGUAAAUGGAACUCACACAUAGAACCACAGAAUCCCUUCUUCACAGGGCAUACUUUCAGGGUUGGAUGAUAUUUAAAGAAUAAAUCAAGCCACAAAUCUGUUGGUAUUCCUAAAAAGAAGAGUGGUGUGCCAGUCAUUGGCAGCAGUACAUGAUGAGCCCUGCUGGGCACUGGACAAAGGAGAAACUGACCUAAACAGGAGGGCACUCUAAUAGCUGUCCCUGCCCUCCCCACCUGUUAGCCCUCAGUGGUAACUUCACAGGUCAAAUCAAGGCAUGCAAGUGCAUUAAAUAUUUUUUUAAACAACUGCUGAUGAUUGAUGGUCAAUGUAGGUAGAAAAAUUAGGAGCUGUUAUUUUCCUAUCAACUGCUGGUGUCAUUAACAAGGACAGGAGAUGAUGAAUAAAUAAAAUUCUUACAUUACUCUGAAAAAAAGCACAGCUGAAGAGCCCCCAAAGGAUUUUAAAUUCUAUCAUCAGACAAGUAAAGAGAAUAAUUUCAUGUAAUGGCUACCUUUAUCAGUGUCAUAAUACAAGCAGACUCAAGUUACCAGUGAAGGUGUGAUUUACAGCGCCCGCCCCAGAAGUGAGCCUUGCUCCGGAGGGCCCCGUUUCGUGACGCGCCUUGCCAAACUGAUGUGUACUCGGAUCUCAGGAUUGCCUUGAGGGCCUGUGUAAAAUACACCGACUUGUCCUCUCCUGGUCUUGGGGCGCUGCAGUGUAACGAUACUCUUUGGAACUGCCUUUGGCGCUCCGGCUUCCCGCCCUACGCACCAGUAGGUGGGCAGGGGCUGCUCUGGGACGCAGGGUGCCCCUGACACGGGGUCCUGGACGCCACAGCAGCCAGGCCCCGGAAGCCCCGCGCACACAGCCUCCGUUGGACCCCUGGAAGCUGGGUGCCUGGCCGGGGUGUGGCCUGGUGCGGCUCCCUCUGCCCCGCGCGGGGUGUCGGGACGUCCCUUCCCGCGUGGCGUGUUGUGGUCUGUUGGGAGUUGGCCGCGGCAGAGUCGCGAGUCCAGCCGGCCCAGGAAGGAGAGACCCCGGUUCGUUCGGCCCGCUCCCCACGCCUCCGGAGGUCAUGGCUUCCCCGCUGAAGCUGGAGCAGGACGUCCAGGGGAAAGUGGAUUCGUUUCGGGCCCGCAUUGCCCGGGAGGCCGAGGAACUGGUGUCCGUCUUCUUCCCGCAAAAGCUGUCGGAGCUGGAUAGUCAGGUCCAGGAGCUCCUCCUGCAAGACCUGCCCAGAAUCCGCUCGGUGCUAGCCGCCCCGGACACCGCGGGGGAUGGGCCCGACCAGGAUCCGCCGCCCGUGCACUCCCAGCCCUCGGGCAAGGUACCAGCGCUGCCAGGCGGCAAGGGACCGCUUCUGCGGAGCAACCAGCAUCUGGUGGAGCUGAUUGAACGGGUAAAACCUGAGAUUGAGCUGCUCAGAGAGAAGUGCAGCACGGUGCGGAUGUGGGUGCAGCUGCUCAUCCCGAAGGUGGAGGAUGGCAACAACUUCGGAGUGUCUGUCCAGGAAGACGCCGUGGACCAGCUGUGGACCGUGGAGAGCUCGGCAGCCUCCUAUCUACGCCGCUUCUCCACCUACUACAACACCCGGGCCAAGUUGGUAUCCAAGAUGGUGAAAUACCCUCAGGUGGAGGAUUAUCGCCGCACUGUAGCCGAGGUCGAUGAAAACGAGUACCUGAGUGUGCGCCAGACACUUCUGCAUGUACGGAACCAGUAUGCCACCUUGCACGAUGUAAUCCUCAAAAACAUCGAGAAGAUCAAGACCCCUCGGAGCACCAACACUGAGAACCUAUACUGAGGACCUUUCUCCACCCUACUUCCCUUCAGCAGGUGGCUGAGCUGUGUAGGCAGCUAAGAGGCUGGUUAUUAAUUACUCUACAGGUGACGAAACAACUGAAAAUGUGCAUUCCUGCUUAGUGACAAUAUCAUACAGCUGACCCUCAUACUGACUCUUGGUGUAAUUUUUUAUUCUUUUGGGGAGAGAAUGGAGACGAACCAUCUGGUAGACGUUUGUAAGAUGGGUCAAAGAGAAAGGACUGCCAUUUUUAAAAGCAACUUUGUAGAUAAAUGUUGGCCAAGGUUUCUUUUUUUAUGGCAUUGGUGACAUUGAAUGGUUCCAGGGUUGAGGGGAGGUUACCAAAGAAAACCCAAGUCUAAUGUUUAAAUCUCAUUUUGGCAGAUUGAAAUAAAACUUGGUUUUAACAUUUUAUGACGGCCUAAGUGUGCUUAAUCUGAACUGUAAUUGUCAUAUGUAUAGGAUUUCCUUCCUCACUUGGACUCAUACUCUUGAUAUUUUUCAACUCUGAUAUCAGGGGUAAGAAAAAUGAGCAUAUAGAGAGUAAUCUUAAUUUUCUAAAGAACUGGACAUCCAUAUCUCCCUUAGAAUGAAGAGGUAUCUGUGAAAAUGGUUUCCUUGCACAACCUCCUACCUCAGCUUCCAUUUUCCUUUUUACACACAGUUUAGAUUUUCUUCUGUGUAUCCAUUUAUCUCCUAAGUCCCUGCUAAGUCCUUAAGCUUUAUAUUGCAUUUACUUUUUUUUCCUCCUUCCCCUUUUGUCUCUUAAGGUAUUUCUUACAAGCUCUCAUGAGAAUUUUCCUCUCAUAUUAUGUGGGUCAUUUUUUAAAUGUAAAGACUCUAAAAUAUGGACAUUUUCCCUCAUGCCUGGUUUUGCUGCCAGGGUGAGGUUGAAACCAUUUUUGUCUUAACAGUGACCUAUAUACUGGUAUUUUUCAAGUCUAGCAUUUUCAGAUCUCAUUUGCAGGUGUAGUAAAUUACUGCACUUUGAGUCACCUCACGCAUAGAAUUUCUUGUGAUGUGAUGUAAUGUAUCCUUCAUAAUGGUUUCUGUUCAGAAUUCUGCCUUUUCUGGUGAUAAGGAUAUUUUAGCUAGCUGAAGCAUAUUUAUUCAAAACAUUCUUUUUAGUAUUAAGUAUUUGAGGAUCUUCAUCACAGAAAUACCACCUGUGGAAAUUACAGAUUGUACAUUUGGAAAAGCAUGAGUGUGAGUUAUUGUUUAUGCCUUUUUUACAUACAGGAAUGUGAUGAUUCCUGUGGACAGUUGAUGGCUUUAUCUUAUUUCCCUGUCCAGGUAACUGUCCCGUAGCUUUCAAAAUAUUUUUG